AUGCUCGGCCAGCUCUUUUCUCCGCUGACCACCCCACUGGACUGCCGGCAACCCAUGCCAGGCUGGUUUCUUCCUUCGUUUCUCGCUACCGGUUCCAUCACCUGUCUCCUUCCCACGAAAAGCAAAUGGGUCCGACUGGCGGUCGGCGGUCCAAUCUUCGCCGGCCUCUUGCUCUACGCACCGAGCUUUACCACCGGCGAAGUGUCUCUCGAUUUUGUCAUUGGGGUCUUUAUGUCAGGGGCCGUGAUCAAAUGGCUGGACUUUGCGAUCUUUCACAACCCCGAACGCUCCUUCUGGCGGGUGGCCGAUAAUCGCCCGCGCUAUAAGCCUGGCAACCCCGAUCUGGAAGCACAAAAGGUUAUCGAAGCCAAGCCUGUCAGCACUGUGAAUCCCAAGGUCUCCUCAGCCAACCAGAAUGCACGCCAAACCCCAGAACACCUGUUCCUCGUCAAAGCCAAAGGAAACGAAUCGCCCGUCGCCCCUGUUACUGUUGCUGCCCCGAAAGACGUCAAGAUUACCACUGCAACCAUCUCUGUCGGUCCCAAAGAACACGCAUCUUGGCUGGAACGGCUGCGAUGGAGUGUGGGCUUGUGGUUGACGACUCGUGGUGUCGGAUGGAAUUUCAAGGUCUCUAAUGUUCCGGAGCCGGUUGCGCCAGGAUACCCCCGUCUGAAGUUUCUGCGACACACCAUUCAUCGAUUCCUCUUCUCUUAUCUGGCUCUGGACUUUGUUCACGCUUGCGUCCGCUGGUAUCACCUGAGCAAGGGAGGCGAGAUGCCCGAUCUCUUUUCUGAGGGACUUUUGACGCGCAGCGUGGUUAGCUGGUUCGGCGCUUUGGAGACCUACAAUGCCCUGCAGAUGCCAUUCUACCUCUUCGCGACGCUCACUACGGCACUGGGUAUCUGCCGCCCCGAGCAGUGGCCUAACCUGAUGGGAUCUUUCAGCAGCCACAUGUGGAGUGUCCGUCAAUUCUGGGGUAAAUGCUGGCACGGCCAUCUCCGCCGCGUGGUCGUCGAACCAUCCAGGCUUCUCGUCGAUUUCCUGCAACUCCCGAAAGGAUCCCUUGUCCGCAAGUACACCCAACUGUUUGCCUCCUUCUACAUCUCGGCUCUCACGCACCAUGCUGGCUCCUAUCUUGUUGGCCGUAACACCGGCGGUAUGUAUUCUCUCUGGUUGGGCCAGGCGGCGAUCAUCAUGCUGGAGGAUCUGGUGAUCCACUACGGAAAGCGCUGGGGUAUCAAGGACACUCCCUACUUGCAAUUCUUGGGUAAGAUCUGGGUCUGCGCAUGGUUCUGCCUACCGACCAACUUCCCCACCGGAGCCGGUGUGGUGAUCCACAACGGAGCGGGUCUUGAUCCUGCCCCCUUUAACUUCUCCACCGCUGCUCAGUUCCCCGCCUCUUCAUGGGCCUCUAAGAGCCUGUUCUCUUUCGCUGCCGACCGAGGUGCCGUUUUCUACCUGCUGAGCAAAGCCUUGAACAUUCUCGAGGCCACCAGCUGGCGCGACGCCGUCGAAGCGGUGGCGGGUGCUACCGGAGCGUUGGUUUGGAAAUACAGUCAGGCUGCUUGA